GGCGCGUUUCUCUCCCGGCCGUCCGGGCUGUUGUUGGGGGCGGACUCGGGUUCCCGCUUCCGGUGUGGUGUCAUGGUGGCCUGUGGGCUGUGAUGGCUGAGGAGGAGGAGGGGAGGCCGAGGGGAAGAAGAAGAAGAAGGAGCGGCUGAGGAGGAGGAGGAGAGCGAGGAGGAGGGACCGGGGGGCGACAUGGCGGCCCACAAGCCGGUGGAGUGGGUGCAGGCCGUGGUCAGCCGCUUCGACGAACAGCUUCCAAUCAGAGUCAGCCAACAGAAUACCCACACCAAAGUCAGCACGGAUCAUAACAAGGAAUGUCUCAUCAACAUUUCCAAGUACAAGUUUUCCCUGGUCAUCAGCGGCCUCACCAACAUCUUAAAAAAUGUUAACAACAUGAGGAUAUUUGGAGAAGCUGCUGAAAAGAACUUGUAUCUCUCUCAGCUUAUUAUUUUGGACACGUUGGAAAAAUGCCUCGCUGGGCAACCAAAAGACACCAUGAGGCUCGACGAGACAAUGCUGGUCAAGCAGUUGCUGCCUGAGAUCUGCCAUUUUAUCCACACCUACCGCGAAGGGAAUCAACAUGCUGCAGAGCUUCGCAGUUCUGCUUCCGGGGUUCUCUUUUCUCUCAGCUGCAACAAUUUCAAUGCGGUCUUCAGCCGUAUCUCCACCAGAUUGCAGGAAUUGACGGUGUGCUCUGAAGACAACGCCGAUGUUCACGACAUCGAACUCUUGCAGUACAUCAGCGUAGACUGUGCAAAGUUGAAGCGUAUAUUGCAAGAGACGGCCUUUAAAUUCAAAGCCCUCAAGAAAGCAGCACAACUGGCAGUUAUCAACAGUCUCGAAAAGGCGUUUUGGAAUUGGGUGGAAAACUAUCCAGAGGAGUUUACAAAGCUGUACCAGACGCCGCAGACUGAUCUGUCAGAUUGCGCGGAGAAGCUCUUCGAUUUGGUGGACGGGUUUGCGGAAAGCACAAAGCGCAAAGCUGCCGUUUGGCCGCUGCAGAUCAUCCUCCUUGUCUUGUGUCCAGCCAUCAUCCAAGACAUUGCCAAAGACGUGGUGGAUGAGAACAAAGCCAACAAGAAGGUAUUUCUGGACAACCUCAGGAAGGCAUUGGCGGGCCACAGUGGGAGUCGCCAGCUCACCGAAAGCGCAGCCAUUGCUUGUGUGAAACUGUGCAAAGCCUCCACCUAUAUCAGCUGGGAAGACAACUCGGUCAUUUUCCUUCUCGUGCAGUCAAUGGUGGUUGAUCUCAAGAACCUGCUGUUCAACCCGAGCAAGCCUUUCUUAAAAAACAACCAGAACGCUGACAUUGACCUCAUGAUUGACUGCUUGGUGUCCUGCUUUCGCAUCAACCCAAAAAAUAACCAGCAUUUCAAGACCUGCUUGGCGCAGAAUUCCCCAUCGUCGUUUCAUUACGUCCUGGUAAAUUCCCUCCACCGUAUAAUCACAAACUCUGCCCUGGAGUGGUGGCCCAAGAUUGAUGCCGUCUAUUGUCAUUCUGUGGAACUCCGCAGCAUGUUCAGCGAAACCCUCCACAAAGCUCUUCAGGGCUCCGGCGUGCACACUCCAAUUCGCAUGACGCCGAGUCUUACAUUUAAAGAGAAAAUGUCCAGCCUUAAAUUUAAAGAAAAACCUACAGACGUGGACACAAGAAACUAUAAGGUCUUGUUGUUAUCCAUGGUAAAACUCAUCCAUGCUGACCCCAAACUCUUGCUCUGCAAUCCAAAGAAACAGGGGCCCGAGACACAGGGCAGCACGGCUGAACUCAUCACAGGCCUUGUCCAGUUGGUGCCCCAGUCCAGCAUGCCGGAAAUAGCACAAGAAGCCAUGGAGGCCCUGCUUGUACUUCAUCAGUUGGACAGCAUUGAUUUAUGGAAUCCCGAUGCACCCAUUGAAACCUUUUGGGAGAUCAGUUCGCAAAUGCUGUUCUGUAUAUGCAAGAGACUCACAAGUAACCAGAUUCUGAGCAGCACAGAAAUCCUCAAGUGGCUGCGAGAGAUUCUGAUCUGCAGGAACAAAUUUCUCCUGAAAAACAAACAAUCAGAUCGGAGCUCCUGCCCCUUCCUGUUCCUUUAUGGGGUCGGAUGCGAUGUCUCUGGAGGUGGAGCUGGUCCGAUUUCUCUUGACCACGAAGAGAUAAUGCGUUGUAUCCCAGUAACCUCAGGAAGGAAGGGCAAAGGCAGCUUCUGCAUGGAGAGCACUGUGGGUUGCAGCGGGACGCAGAUCUGUCGCCAGGCCCAGACCAAGCUGGAGGUGGCCCUUUACAUGUCCCUUUGGAGCCCUGACGCCGAGGCCGUUCUGGUGGCCAUGUCCUGCUUCCGGCACCUUUGCGAGGAAGCGGACAUCCGGUGCGGAGUCGACGAGGUGUCGGUCCACAACUUCCUGCCCAACUAUAACACCUUUAUGGAGUUUGCGUCGGUGAGCAAUGUCAUGUCGACAGGAAGGGCUGCACUCCAGAAAAGAGUGAUGGCACUGCUGAGGCGAAUUGAACACCCAACGUCAGGUAACACUGAGGCUUGGGAAGAUACGCAUUUGAAAUGGGAAGCAGCGACAAAACUCAUCCUCAACUAUCCGAAAACUAAAAUGGAAGAUGGCCAGGUUGCUGAAAGCCUUCACAAGACCAUUGUCAAGAGGCGGAUGUCCCAUGUCAGUGGGGGAGGCUCCAUAGAUCUCUCGGACACGGAUUCCCUGCAAGAGUGGAUCAACAUGACGGGCUUCCUCUGCGCCCUCGGAGGGGUGUGCCUUCAGUACCGGGGCAGCGUGCCCUUCCCGUCCUACAGCCCACCCAUGGGCCCCGUGAGCGAGCGCAAGGGCUCCAUGAUCUCCAUGAUGUCGACCGACGGCAACGCGGAGACCCCCGUCAGCAAGUUCAUUGACCGCUUGCUGUCCUUAAUGGUCUGCAACCACGAGAAAGUGGGCCUGCAGAUACGGACCAACAUCAAAGAUCUCAUGGGGCUCGAGCUGAGCCCGGCCCUGUAUCCAACGCUCUUCAACAAGUUGAAGAACACCAUCAGCAAGUUCUUUGACUCUCAAGGGCAGGUCCUAUUGAAUGACACUAAUACCCAGUUUGUGGAGCAAACCAUUGCGAUCAUGAAGAACCUACUGGAUAACCAUACAGAAGGGAGCUCUGAACACCUCGGACAAGCCAGCAUUGAGACCAUGAUGCUGAACCUGGUCAGAUAUGUGCGCGUCCUUGGGAACGUGGUCCAUGCGAUUCAGAUUAAAACGAAGCUCUGUCAACUUGUCAAGGUGAUGAUGGAGAGACGGGAUGAUCUGUCCUUCUGCCAAGAGAUGAAGUUCAGGAACAAAAUGGUAGAAUAUCUGACCGACUGGGUUAUGGGAACGUCCAACCAGGCAACAGACGAGGAUGUGAAAUGCCUGACAAGGGAUUUGGACCAGGCCAGCAUGGAGGCGGUGGUGGCCCUCCUUGCUGGGCUUCCGCUGCAACCAGAAGAAGGAGAUGGAGUUGAACUGAUGGAAGCCAAAUCCCAGUUGUUCCUCAAGUACUUUACCCUGUUUAUGAACCUCCUCAACGACUGCAGCGAAGUUGAGGACGAAAGCGCGCAAACCGGUGGCCGAAAACGCGGCAUGUCGCGCAGAUUGGCCUCGUUGCGGCACUGCACCGUCUUGGCAAUGUCCAAUUUGCUGAAUGCCAACGUGGACAGCGGCCUUAUGCACUCAAUAGGGUUGGGGUAUCACAAAGACCUGCAGACCAGAGCCACGUUCAUGGAGGUCCUCACCAAAAUCCUGCAGCAGGGCACCGAGUUUGACACUCUGGCGGAAACGGUGCUGGCCGAUCGGUUUGAGAGGUUGGUGGAGUUGGUGACCAUGAUGGGCGACCAAGGAGAACUGCCCAUUGCCAUGGCUUUGGCCAAUGUGGUGCCUUGCUCGCAAUGGGAUGAACUGGCCCGCGUCCUGGUCACCCUCUUUGACUCCAGGCACUUGCUCUACCAGUUGCUUUGGAACAUGUUUUCGAAAGAAGUCGAACUGGCCGACUCCAUGCAGACGCUCUUCAGGGGAAACAGCCUGGCUAGCAAAAUCAUGACUUUCUGUUUUAAGGUCUAUGGGGCAACCUAUCUGCAGAAGCUUUUGGAACCUUUGUUAAGAACCAUCAUUACGUCGUUUGAGUGGCAGCACGUCAGCUUCGAAGUGGAUCCGACCAGGUUGGAAUCCAGCGAAACCCUUGAAAACAACCAGCAGAGCCUCCUCCAGAUGACGGAAAAAUUCUUCCAUGCCAUCAUCAACUCCUCGGCGGAGUUUCCUCCCCAGCUUCGAAGUGUGUGCCAUUGCCUCUAUCAGGCAACUUGCCACUCUCUCCUGAAUAAAGCUACCGUAAAAGAAAAAAAGGAAAACAAAAAAUCAGUUGUCAGCCAGCGGUUUCCCCAGAACAGCAUUGGAGCCGUGGGGAGCGCCAUGUUCCUGAGGUUCAUCAACCCCGCCAUCGUCUCCCCGUAUGAGGCCGGGAUCCUGGACAAGAAGCCGCCUCCGAGGAUCGAAAGGGGCUUGAAAUUAAUGUCAAAGGUCCUGCAGAGCAUUGCCAACCACGUCUUGUUUACAAAGGAGGAACACAUGCGGCCUUUUAAUGACUUUGUCAAAAGCAACUUUGAUGCAGCCCGAAGGUUUUUCCUUGACAUUGCGUCAGACUGUCCGGCCAGUGACACCGUCAAUCACAGCCUCUCGUUCAUCAGUGACGGCAAUGUCCUCGCUCUGCACCGUCUGCUUUGGAACAACCAGGAGAAGAUUGGCCAAUACCUUUCCAGCAACAGGGACCACAAAGCUGUUGGAAGGAGACCGUUUGACAAGAUGGCCACCUUGCUUGCCUACCUUGGCCCUCCCGAGCACAAGCCGGUGGCAGACACACAGUGGUCCAGCAUAAACCUCACCAGCUCCAAGUUUGAAGAGUUUAUGACAAGGCACCAAGUCCAUGAAAAAGAGGAGUUCAAGGCCCUGAAAACACUAAAUAUUUUCUACCAAGCUGGGACAUCCAAAGCUGGCAACCCCGUCUUCUACUACAUUGCUCGCAGGUUCAAGACUGGCCAGAUCAACGGGGACCUGCUGAUAUACCACGUCCUGCUAACCCUGAAGCCAUACUACGCUAAGCCAUACGAGAUUGUGGUGGACCUCACGCACGCCGGGCCCAGCAAUCGCUUCAAGACGGACUUUCUCUCCAAGUGGUUUGUCGUCUUCCCGGGGUUUGCCUACGAAAACGUCUCGGCCGUGUUCAUCUACAACUGCAACUCCUGGGUGAGGGAGUACACCAAGUACCACGAGCGGCUCCUGACGGGCCUCAAGGGCAGCAAGCGGCUCAUCUUCAUCGACUCGCCCGGGAAGCUGGCCGAGCACAUUGAGCAUGAGCAGCAGAAGCUCCCGGCGGCCACCUUGGCCUUGGAAGAAGACCUGAAGGUUUUCCACAACGCCCUCAAGCUGGCCCACAAGGACACCAAAGUCUCGAUUAAAGUUGGUUCUACAGCGGUCCAGGUGACUUCCGCAGAGCGCACAAGAGUGUUGGGACAGACGGUGUUCCUGAACGACAUUUACUAUGCCUCGGAAAUCGAAGAGAUUUGCCUUGUCGACGAAAACCAGUUCACCUUAACCAUCGCCAACCAGGGCACGCCUCUCACCUUCAUGCACCAGGAGUGUGAAGCCAUCGUCCAGUCCAUCAUCCACAUACGCACCCGCUGGGAGCUGUCGCAGCCCGACUCCAUCCCGCAGCACACGAAAAUCCGCCCCAAGGACGUGCCUGGAACCCUGCUCAACAUCGCGUUGCUCAACCUGGGCAGCUCCGACCCGAGCCUACGGUCUGCGGCCUAUAAUCUUCUAUGUGCCUUAACCUGUACCUUUAACUUAAAGAUUGAAGGCCAGUUACUGGAAACGUCGGGUCUGUGCAUCCCUGCCAACAACACCCUUUUUAUUGUCUCCAUCAGUAAGACUCUGGCAGCUAAUGAGCCCCACCUCACUUUAGAAUUUUUAGAAGAAUGCAUUUCCGGAUUCAGCAAGUCGAGCAUUGAGUUGAAACACCUCUGUUUGGAAUACAUGACUCCCUGGUUGUCGAAUCUGGUCCGCUUUUGUAAACACAAUGACGAUGCCAAACGCCAGCGGGUGACGGCUAUCCUCGACAAGCUUAUCACGAUGACCAUCAAUGAGAAGCAGAUGUACCCUUCCAUCCAAGCUAAAAUAUGGGGGAGCUUGGGACAGAUUACUGAUCUGCUUGACGUGGUGCUGGACAGUUUCAUCAAGACCAGCGCCACAGGAGGCUUGGGCUCCAUCAAAGCAGAAGUCAUGGCUGACACCGCCGUCGCCUUGGCUUCUGGGAACGUGAAACUCGUUUCUAGCAAAGUCAUUGGAAGGAUGUGCAAGAUCAUCGACAAGACCUGCCUGUCUCCCACUCCCACCUUGGAGCAGCACCUGAUGUGGGACGACAUUGCCAUCCUCGCCCGCUACAUGCUGAUGCUCUCCUUCAACAACUCCCUCGACGUGGCCGCCCACCUCCCUUACCUCUUCCACGUCGUCACGCUCUUGGUGGCCACCGGCCCGCUCUCCCUUCGCGCUUCCACGCACGGCCUGGUCAUCAACAUCAUCCAUUCUCUCUGCACUUGUUCGCAGCUCCACUUUAGCGAGGAGACCAAACAGGUCCUGAGGCUGAGCUUGACGGAGUUCUCGCUUCCCAAGUUCUACUUGCUGUUUGGGAUCAGUAAAGUGAAGUCGGCCGCGGUCAUCGCCUUCCGGUCCAGUUACCGGGACCGGUCCUUCUCUCCGGGCUCCUACGAGAGGGAAACGUUUGCACUCCCGUCCCUGGAAACGGUCACGGAGGCCCUGCUCGAGAUUAUGGAGGCAUGCAUGAGAGAUAUCCCAACCUGCAAGUGGCUCGACCAGUGGACAGAACUUGCUCAAAAGUUUGCAUUCCAGUAUAAUCCCUCCCUCCAGCCCAGAGCCCUGGUUGUCUUUGGGUGUAUCAGUAAGCGAGUGUCUCACGGUCAGAUCAAGCAAAUCAUCCGGAUUCUCAGCAAGGGUCUUGAGAGCUGCUUGAAAGGCCCCGAUAACUACAACAGCCAAGUCCUCAUAGAAGCCACAGUGAUCGCACUCACCAAACUGCAGCCACUCCUCAAUAAGGACUCGCCUAUGCACAAGGCCCUUUUCUGGGUGGCCAUGGCUGUUUUGCAGCUGGACGAAGUCAAUCUGUAUUCAGCGGGCACGGCUCUCCUUGAACAGAAUCUCCACACGCUGGACAACCUUCGAGUAUUCAAUGACAAAAGCCCCGAAGAAGUCUUCAUGGAGAUCCGGCGGCCACUGGAGUGGCACUGCAAGCAGAUGGACCACUUUGUAGGACUUAAUUUCAACUCUAACUUCAACUUUGCACUUGUGGGGCAUCUGCUGAAAGGCUACCGGCACCCCUCCGCCACCAUUGCAGCGCGGACCAUCAGGAUCCUGCACACGCUCCUCGCUCUGGUUAACAAACACCGGAACUGUGACAAGUUUGAGGUGAAUACCCAGAGUGUGGCUUACCUCGCAGCCUUACUGACGGUAUCGGAGGAGGUCCGGAGUCGAUGCAGCCUCAAGCAUAGGAAAUCCCUCCUGCUGACAGACAUUUCAAUGGAGAACGUUCCCAUGGAGACCUACCCCAUACAUCACAGUGACACCAGCUGUAGGACACUAAGAGAAAACCAGCCCUGGUCUUCCCCCAAAAGCUCUGACCGACACCUGGCUGCCAAUUACCCGACUGUGGGGCAGAUCAGUCCGCGCACAAGGAAGUCCAUGAGCUUGGACAUGGGGCAGCCUUCCCAAGCCAACACUAAAAAGCUAUUAGGUACAAGAAAGAGUUUUGAUCACUUGAUAUCGGACACGAAAGCACCUAAAAGACAAGAAAUGGAAUCGGGGAUCACCACACCUCCCAAAAUGAGGAGAGUCGCAGAAAACGAUUACGAAAUGGAAACGCAAAGGAUAUCACCCCAGCAGCAUCCGCACCUCCGGAAAGUUUCAGUAUCCGAGUCCAAUGUCCUCCUUGAUGAAGAAGUCCUCACGGAUCCCAAAAUCCAAGCCCUGCUGCUCACCGUCCUUGCAACUCUGGUGAAAUAUACUCUGGACGAGUUCGACCAGCGGAUCCUGUACGAAUAUUUGGCAGAAGCAAGUGUUGUGUUCCCAAAGGUUUUUCCUGUUGUGCACAAUUUAUUGGACUUCAAGAUAAACACCCUGUUAUCGCAGUGUCAGGAUCCGAAUUUAUUGAACCCGAUUCACGGCAUUGUUCAGAGCGUGGUUUACCAUGAAGAAUCGCCGCCCCAGUACCAGACGUCUUACCUGCAAAGUUUUGGAUUCAACGGUUUGUGGAGGUUUGCGGGACCAUUUUCGAAGCAAACACAAAUCCCGGACUAUGCCGAGCUCAUUGUGAAGUUCCUGGACGCCUUGAUUGACACCUACUUGCCAGGCAUCGACGAGGAAACCAGCGAGGAAUCCCUGCUCACCCCGACGUCUCCCUAUCCCCCCGCGAUGCAGAGUCAGCUCAGUAUUACGGCAAACCUGAACCUCUCCAAUUCCAUGACCUCACUUGCCACUUCCCAACAUUCCCCAGGGAUCGAUAAGGAGAACGUGGAGCUCUCUCCCACCACGACGCACUCCAACAGCGGGAGGACGCGCCACGGCUCCGCCAGCCAAGUCCAGAAGCAGCGCAGCACCGGCAGCUUCAAGCGCCACAGCAUCAAAAAGAUUGUGUGAAGCUCUUUCCGCGGCCCGUUCCGUGUUAUUUCAUUUUUUACAGACUGACAAAACGCACUCUCGCCCCCGCCCUUUAGCCACGCCACGUGGUCCUGCCGCACUUAAAGAUUUCCGAACGCCUCCCAUCCGCCGUGGUGCCAGACGAUCAACUCUUGAAAUGUUUUGUGUGAUUUUUUUUUUUACUUUGGGGACUUUUUUUGUUUUGAUGCAGCUGCCUUCUUUUCCUUUUGUAUUGUUUUUAAAACAGACAUGCCAUCCCCUCUUGUCUUUUUGUUUUGAAGUCACGGAUUUCCGAACCACUUUUAAACCUAGCGGGGAGUCGCCAACAAUGACAGUGACGGUGUCCUGACGGCGGGAAUGGCCUCCCGCGGACACUUUUUGGACCCCUCGGUCUUCGGUUGCCACCGUUUCCGCCCUUUCCUUUUGAGCUUGUUUUGUAUCUACUUUUCAAAGGAAAAACUAUUGUUAAUAUUCAGUCACGUUUGCACAUUCGUGGUUUUGUUGGCCGCGGCAUCCUGGGUUUCGCCCGAGAUCCUUUUCUCUGUGGAUUUCAUUUUAAUGAUGGAAGAUGAGAACCGUCGCUCAAUACCUUCCAUUCGUCUCUUUUCUGCUGGAGCAGAUUUAGAUAAAGUUCUCAAAACCUUUUUCCUGACCCGAGACUGCUUUCAUUUUUCCCCCGUCAAAAUAAUCAUCUCAAUCAAGAGCUCACACUGUGUUGUCGAAAGCUUUCAUGGCUGGAUUAUUAUGAGUUUUCCGGACUGUAUGGCCAUGUCCCAGAAGCAUUCUCUCCUGACGUUUCGCCCACAUCUAUGGCAGGCAUCCUCAGAGGUUGUGAAGUCUGUUAGAAACUGUUAGAAACUAAAGUGGGUUUUAUAUAUCUGCUUCCUGCCUGGGGGAAUCCUUUGUUGGGAGGUGUUAGCUGGCCCUGAUUAUUUUAUGUCUGGAAUUCCUCUGGUUUCUGAAGUUGUGAGGUCUGUUGGAAACUAGGCAAGUGGGGUUGAUAUAUCUGUGUAAUAAUGUCCAGGGUGGGAGAAAGAACUCUUGUCUGUUGGAGGCAAGUGUGAAUAUUGCCAUUGGCCAGCUUGAAGAAUAAUAAUAAUAAUAAUAAUAAUAAUAAUAAUAAUAAUAACUUUAUUUAUAUACCGCCCUAUCUCCUCAGGGGAUUCGGGGCGGCUUCCAACAUGAUAAAAACAAUACAAUACGCAUAAUAAAAACAGAACUAUACAAUAUAUAGUAAUAACAUAAAUACACAACAUAAAAUCGAACAAACUAGCAACAAUACUCCAUUUACUGGCCGGUUAUAGUGAUCUAGAGUUCAACGUUGCAAUGGCCAACUAUAAAGUGCUAUAGCUUUAAAUAGCCUUGCAGAUUCAAAGCCUGGCUGCUUCCUUCCUGGGGGAAUCCUUUGUUCGGAGGUGUUAGCUGGCCCUGAUGGUUUGCUGUCUGGAAUUCCCCUGUUUUCUGAGUGUUGUUCUUCAGAGCAGCCAGGCUUUGAAGCUGCAAGGCUAUUCAUUGCUAAUCAAGGUGGCUAAUUGCAACAUUCUCAAUAGCCUCAAACAGACAAGAGUUCUUUCUCCCACCCUGGACAUUAUACCACACACAUACAUACGUGUGCGUGCGUGUGUGUGUGUGUGUGUAUAUAUAUAUAUAUAUAUACACACACACACACACACACACACACACAUAUAUAUAUAUAUAAUAAUAAUAAUAAUAAUAAUAAAACUUUAUUUAUACCCCGCCACCAUCUCCCCAAUGGGGACUCGGGGCGGCUUACAUGGGGCCAUGCCCGGGAAAAAUACAAUAUAACACAAUAUAAAAACAACAUAUCAUAAUACAAUUACAACACACACACACACACACACACACACACACACACACACACAUAUAUAUAUAUAUAUAUAUAUAUAUAUAUAUGUGUGUGUGUGUGUGUGUGUGUGUGUGUGUGCCCCACUUGCCUAGUUUCCAACAGACCUCGUAACCACUGAGGAUGCCUGCCAUAGAUGUGGGCCAAACGUCAGGAGAGAAUGCUUCCGGAACAUGGCCAUACAGCCCGGAAAACUCACAGCAACCCAGUGAUCCCAGCCAUGAAAGCCUUUGACAAAACCAAUUGAUUUUGCACAGAACACUUCCCAAUUGUGAAUAGGCUGCAAAAACUUCAAUGGUUUUUUGAAUAGUUUUCUCCGAAAACAAUGCUAAACAGGCUUCCAAAAUCUCCCAUUUCUCCCCAUAAAAUGGCUAAAAUAACUACGUUUGAGAAGAAACAUAGUGAAGAAUAAUAUUAAACUUCAAUUUAAUUUUUUUUAGAAAGAAAAACAUGUCUGUCAGGAAAACAGUACUGUCGAGAAGAGCAUUUCCAUCUAUAUUGACCAUAACUGAUUAAUAGAACUAAAGCCACCCUAGUAAAUUGAAUUUUGUAAACGAUGGUACAAAAACAGGGGUCCCGAUUUGUCGUUGUCAGUUAGCAAUGGUUAUUAAAAGUUCAGUUAACAUGUUCUAUAUCUAAGGAUCACUUGCUCUUAUUGUAUUGAUACAGAAGCAGAACAGUGUUAAGUAGGUUUCGCUCCUGGCGGAGGAAGGAGUGAGCGAGGAGGACAGGCCCAGAAGACAUGGAUGGCGGUGCCGAGGGCGAGAAUCAGGGAAGUAGCUACUAAUCUUCCGUUGCUUUUAGCUAGUAACUAUAUAGAUCACAGUACAGUUUUCCGGACUGUAUGAUCAUGUUCUGGAAGCAUUCUCUCCUGACGUUUUGCCCACAUCUACGUCAGGCAUCCUCAGAGGUUGUGAGGUCUGUUGGAAACGAGGCAAGUGGGGUUGAUAUAUCUGUGGAAUCAUGUCCAGGGUGGGAGAAAGAACUCUUGUCUGUUAGAGGCAAGUGGGAAUGUUGCCAUUAUUAGCAUUGAAUAGCCUUUCAGCUUCAAAGCCUGGCUGCUUCCUGCCUAGGGGAAUCCUUUGUUGGGAGGUGUUAGCUGGCCCUGAUCAGUUCAUGUCUGGAAUUCCUCUGUUUUCUGAGUGUUGUUCUGUAUUUACUUAUUUAGGAAGCAGCCAGGCUUUGGAGUUGCAAGGCCAUUCAAUGCUAAAUAAUAUUACUAUAUAAUGAUAUAGUACAAUAUAGUAAUUUAAUGUUUAUAUUGUGCUAUGCUAAUAAUAUAUUGUAUGUAAAUUUGAUUUGUAAGCCGCUCUGAGUCCCCUCCGGGAUGAGAAGAGCAGGAUAUAAAUGUAGUAAACAAAAUAAAUAAAUAAAUAAAUAAAUAAACAAAUAAGUAAAUAAGCAAAAAUGUGAGCUGCCCUGGGUCCCUCUGGGGAGAUGGAGGCGAGAUACAAAAAUAAAGUAGUUAUUAUUAUUAAUAAUAACAAUAAUAAUAAUAAUAAUAAUAAUACAUCACACAGUCCUAAAUGCUUGGGAAGUGUUUGACUUGUGAUUUUGUGAUAUGAAAUCCAGCAUAUCUAUCUUGUUUGUUGUGUCAUACAAUAAAAUGAUAAUGAUAAUAAUAAUAAUAAAGAACAACACUUAGAAAACAGAGGAAUUCCAGACAUGAGACAAAUCAAGGCCAGCUAAUACCUCCCAACAAAGGAUUCCCCCAGGUAGGAUGCAGCCAGGCUUUGAAGGUGCAAGGCCAUUCAAUGCUAAUCACGGUGGCCAGUUGCAACAUUCACACUUGCCUCAAACAAAGAGGUCUUUCUCCCACCCUGGAUAUUCCAGAGAUAUAUAAACCACACUUGUCUAGUUUCCAACAGACCUCACAACCUCUGGGGAUGCCUGCCAUAGAUGUGGGCGAAACGUCAGGAGAGAAUGCUCCUGGAACAUGGCCAUACGGCCUGGAAUACUCACAGCAACCUUUUCCCAGAAAGAAGCCCUGUCCGUGAUUCAGUGCCUCUAACGUUGCUUGGGUGCCACCUAGUGAUUUCCUUCCCUUACAGCCAUUCUUUGCUCACCCUUUCUUCAAAAUGUUCAGGUGGAAUCUUCAAAUGAAGUUUGAAGCUAUCAUUCCAUGUCCUAGUCUUCAGGGCAGCAGAAGUCCUCCCUAUGACUUCCUCACAUCUUGGUCCAUGGCCCUCAUCAUGUCUCCUUUCAGCCUUCUCUUCUGCAGGCUAAACGUGCCCCGGUCUUCAAGCCGCUCCUCGUAGGGAUUGUUCUCCAGACCCUUGAUCCUUUGAGUCGCCCUCCUCUGGACUCAUUCCAGCUUGUCAACGUGAACACUACUUCCAGAGAACUUAAGGAGGCUCAAAGCUCCUUGUGCUGAGUAGAUCCAUUGAAAGGUAUUCAACGGACUAGGUAGGAUUCCAAUGUGGACGGAAAAUUGGCCCUCCAUAUCCGUGGGUGGCGGAUUUAAUUUAAUUUUAUUUACUUGCAGUAUUUAUACCCUGCCCUUCUCAGGGACUCGGAGUGGCUCACAGAACACACAAACGGCAAAUAUUCAAUGCCGAUUAUACAAUUAACAAGGACAGACUAGAACAGACAACACAAACGGAGGCAAAGGCAGUUUUUCCCAUCUUAUUUCCAGCAUCCUGGAGGCUGUGCCCGCCUCCGGCCACAGGGGGGUGCUGUCGCUCCAUCUUCCAUGCCGAGGAGCUUUCCUCCCAAUCGAUACCUAUUUAUCUACUUGCAUUUCUGCUUUCGACCUGAUAGGUUGGCAGGUGAGCUGUGGCUAACUGUGAGUGCUCAACUCCAACCUGGACUCAAACUGCUGACUUUUGAUUUUUUUUUUUUGGUAGCCUAUUGUGCUAAUGUCCCCAUUGCCCCAGAAACAGCCUUAUAACAACUAAAGAAAGCUUUAUGACAGUGGUUCCCAAACUUAUUUGGCCUAUUGCCCCCUUUCCAGAAAAAAUAUUACUCUGCGCCCCCUGGAAAGGGGGCGUGGCUUGGAAGGGUGGGUGUGGCUCCUGCUCAAUAGGGCGGGGCUGAGCCUCUCUCCUAGUCCAAGAUGUAGGGCUGGGAGGGCUAGGGCGAGGUAGGCGGGGCCACAAAUGGGCGGCCAGGACUGGGGUGGGCGGAGUUACGAGCUCUGAGGCAGGGCUGAGCUUCUAUCCCUGUCCUGUGGCGCCUGCCAGGACAUAGGGGGCGGGGCUAGAGAAGGGGGCGGGGUCUCUUCCCAAGUGCCUGACGGGGCUGAAUCUCUAUACCCCGACCCCGGGUUCUAACAAGCGCCUCAGGGGAGGUAGAGGCUCAGCCCUGUCUCGUGCUCUUGGGAAGAGGCCCCGCCCCCACUCCAGCCCCGCCCUUUAGUCCUAAAAGGCUUCUCAGGAGAGGUAUAGAGGCUCAGCCCUGUUUCAUGCUCUUGGAAGGAGGCCCCGCCCCCACCCCUAGCCCCGCUCUUUCGUCCUAAAAGGCCUCUCAGGAGAAGUAUAGGGGCUCAGCCCUGUCUCAUGCUCUUGGAAGGAGGCCCCGCUCCCACCCCUAACCCCAGCCUUUAUUCCUAAAAGUCCUCUCAGGAGAGGUAUAGAGGCUCAGUCCUGUCUCAUGCUCUUGGAAGGAGGCCCCGCCCCCACUCCAGCCCCGCUCUUUAGUCCUAAAAGGCCUCUCAGGAGAGGUAUAGAGGCUCAGCCCUGUCUCGGGCUCUUGGAAGCGCUGCAGCGCCCACUUUGGGAAUCACUGCUUUACGAUAUUACUGCAACAAACAGCAGCAAGGAAACAGAAGGUGAAUCCCGAAAGCAAAGCAAAAGUCUUACAUCAGGCAUGAAGCAAGAGUCAUUUGGCAAAAACGUCUUUGUGAGGCACUUUGCAGACGCUGGAGUUGCAAGCAAGGAAACCAGAGCACAGAAGCAACAAGUAGGACGGUUGCUGCCAGCAUUGACCACUUGCUUUACUGAUUUAUGGCCCCCAGAUCCCAGCACAGGUCUUUCUAGAGUGAGUUCUGAUUCUUUAGCAUCCUUGCAGCCAUUCUAGCUGACCUUCUCCUUCCUUCUUUCAUCCUUUGGCAUUCCUGAAAUGUAGGAACCUGCGGUAUGUUUUCCACUCCUUCUUCUUCCUCCUCAGCACUUGGCCCCAAAUGCCCAACUCCUACUUCUUCAGCCUUCUGUUUUACCUCCUCCUCAGAAGGAGGACACAACAGUAAAACGCUUCGGCAUUCCUGAAAUGUAGGAACCUGCGGUAUGUUUUCCUCUCCUCCUUCUUCUUCCUCAACGCUUGGCCCAAAAUCCCCAGCUCCUACAUCUUCAGCCUCCUGUUUUACCUCCUCCUCAGAAGGAGGACACAACAGUAAAACGCUUCAGCAUUCCUGAAAUGUAGGAACCUGCGAUAUGUUUUCCUCUCCUUCUUCUUCCUCCUUCUCAGCACUUGGCCCAAAAUGCCCAACUCCUACAUCUUCAGCCUCAGAAGGAGGACACAACAGUUAAGCCCGGCCCAUCCACUGCUUCAAAAUAUCCCCGCAACUCUCACCCUUGAAAUCCAGAACCUUGAUUUUCCCAUUUUAUAUAAGGGACACUUAGCGACACUAUUGUAUAUAAUGGGAUGUGGUCAUCCAUGGAUUUUAGUAUCCAUACUAAAGCUCCAGCGGAUACCAAGGAUCCUGCAAUGUUUAGAGUUGGCGGGACUUGGAAAAGGAGAAUACAACUUCCCCGCCAGUCUCCAGCAAUGUGUCUGGAGAUGGUUGCACUUAUCAAAGGUCUCAUGUUGGGGAAGGGAAGAAGAGGAUGCUCUUCUUUCCCGACAUUGCUUCCAUGCGCACUAUUCAGUACUGUAAAGAUUCAGUGCAUUGUUCUUUUACUUCUUUGUUAUUUUUUUACAUUUUCCCCUGAUUUCAAGGUUUCGAGCUGAAAACCUGAUGCCUUUUCAUUGCGCAAAAAUAUCCCGACGGAAGCCGCCGUUGGGAUACACAUGCCUUCAUUUUCUGUCGCCAGGAAACAUUUGGAAAAACAACGUGUUGUCUGGGAACUUUAGCAUCUUUUUGAGACUUCCCUGCAUUCACCCCGACACAAUACCGUUUCUCGUGUUGAUUCCAGCCCUCCCGUCCCUUUCCCUCCUUGUAUUAUUGUUAUGCAAGAGACUUGAACCUGCAAAACGUCACAUUUUGCAUUGGCCACACACCUUUUUUUUAAAGACCCAUUCAUCCUGUAAAUAGUUUUGUGUAAAAUUUGACAGAAAAAAAGGUAUAUUUACUACACCGUGUAAAUACAUGUGACAAUAUAUUGUAUUAUUUUGCUUUUUUGUAAAGCAGUUAGUUACUGUACAUGUAUAACAUAAUGAAAUUUGAUUAUCUUCUAGUGUUUAGUAAGUGUUAAUGUACUACUUUCUUUCUUUCCUCCCUGCUGUUGCAUUCUGUCAUUUAAAAGGAAGCAAUGCUGUGUACUAUAAACUUAACGGCCGUGUAUUAUAGAACUUUCCAUCCGAGCCUCAACUUGGAAGAUAUUUUUUUCUUCUUCUCCUCCUGUUAAUAUUUGUAAGCGUUUGUGUCAAGAGAAGGCUGGUGAGCUCUGCGGACUUGCACACUUACGGUCGGAUCAUAAGGAUGUGAGUCUCUGUCUAUAGCUGCUAUACAUAGAGAUGCACGCACAUAAACCUGUAGAGAUCGUUGGUUACAGAAUAUGGUUGUUUACUCCCACUUUCCCCCAUGUAUGUACUUCCUUUUUUUGAAGUAAAAAAACAAAUGUACAUUCAA